AUGGCUGAACACCAGGAAGCCGACAUCGACUCCAUCGUCGACAGAUUGUUGGAGGUCAGAGGGUCCAGACCCGGCAAGCAGGUGACCCUCCUUGAACAUGAAAUCCGCUACUUGUGCACCAAAGCAAGAGAAAUCUUCAUUCAACAACCCAUUUUGUUAGAGUUGGAGGCCCCCAUCAAGAUCUGUGGUGACAUUCACGGCCAAUACUACGACCUAUUGCGUCUCUUUGAGUACGGCGGGUUCCCCCCUGAGGCCAACUACCUUUUCUUGGGUGACUAUGUCGACAGAGGUAAACAGUCUUUGGAGACCAUCUGUCUUCUCUUGGCAUACAAGAUCAAAUACCCAGAGAACUUCUUCAUCUUGAGAGGCAACCACGAGUGUGCCUCCAUCAACCGUAUUUACGGUUUCUACGACGAGUGCAAGAGAAGGUACAACAUCAAGUUAUGGAAGACUUUCACCGACUGCUUCAACUGUUUGCCCAUUGCCGCCAUCAUAGACGAGAAGAUCUUCACCAUGCACGGAGGUUUGUCCCCAGACUUGAACUCCAUGGAGCAAAUCAGAAGAGUCAUGAGACCUACAGACAUCCCCGACGUGGGAUUGCUCUGUGACUUGUUGUGGUCCGAUCCCGACAAGGACAUUGCCGGCUGGUCCGAGAACGACCGUGGUGUUUCAUUCACCUUCGGACCCGACGUGGUGUCCCGCUUCCUUCAAAAACACGACAUGGAUUUGAUAUGCAGAGCUCACCAGGUGGUGGAAGAUGGUUACGAAUUCUUCUCCAAGAGACAGUUGGUGACCCUUUUCUCGGCCCCCAACUACUGUGGUGAGUUUGACAACGCCGGUGCUAUGAUGAGUGUCGAUGAGAGCUUACUAUGCUCUUUCCAGAUCUUGAAACCAGCAGACAAAAGACCACGUUACCCUCCUCCAAACAGUGUCGGCAACAACAGACCGGUCACCCCUCCAAGGAAAGCCAAGCGCGGCUCCAAGUAA